CGAUAGAACUGGCGCGAAAUUCACCGCAAUAUUGUCAAUAAGUUGGAAGCCAAUAUACCAACUGUAUGUCAUACAACUCUGUCAGAGAGGCAAAUAAUGAACGCUCGGAGUCCACCCAGAAUGGAUGCUGCACUCUGAAAUCGUGUGGAGAAAUGUUAAAACAGUUAUUGUGAAAAAAAAGCGAGUCAGAGAAUUAGUUAAUGCGUGGAAUAAACCAUCAUCCAUUCAUAAAUUCAGUUGACAGCAAGUAUGAGAACGACAACUGAGAUAAAUAAAAUAUAAUAAUCACAUUUGAGAUUCAAUAUCUACCGAAUGGAAUUCUGAGAUAGUGGCGCCUAGUUUACAGGGUGCGUUGCCCUGAAUUUUUUUGGUUUGUGCAACUAAGUCUUUUAGUUUAGUUUCGGUCGUCCUUCACAUUUGAAAAACUCAAGAUUAAUAGACCAUCACGUUCCUCAACGUUGGGUUGAAACGUUGGCGGACUUUCAAAUUCACUGUGGAUGAUAUUCCCAGGUUACUCGAUGCAUACAAAUUUAGGUACCUAUGUAGUAAAAGAACUUUAGAAAAAAUAUGCUUGUACUCAACAGUUUUCGUCGGUUAAUCAACACUCAGUCGAUAUCAUUCCAACCAAGGAUUAGAAAAUUGUUUAUUCAAGUCCAAGAAACUCCCAAUCCUAACAGCUUAAAAUAUUUUCCUGGUAAACCUGUACUAGGUUCUGGUACUAGAGACUUUCCAUCUUGCACACAAUCCACGUCUUCCCCGUUGGCUAGACAGUUGUUUCGAAUCGAAGGCGUUGAACGAGUCUUCUUUGGUCCUGAUUUCAUCACGAUUACUAAGAAUGACGACUUCGAAUGGGCUGUAAUAAAACCUGAUGUAUAUGCCACUAUAAUGGAUUUCUACAGUUCUGGACAACCUGUUGUCAGUGAAGAAAAAGCACAAGACUUAAAUAAAACCUGUGAUGAAGAAGAUGAAACAGUAUUAAUGAUAAAAGAACUACUGGAUACCCGAAUAAGACCCACUGUCCAAGAAGACGGCGGUGAUAUUAUUUUCAAGGAUUUUAAAGAUGGUAUAGUGCGAUUAAAACUACAAGGAUCUUGCUCAAGUUGUCCUAGUUCCGUAGUUACUUUGAAAAAUGGUGUACAGAAUAUGCUUCAGUUUUAUAUACCAGACGUAUUAGGCGUCGAGCAAGUUGAAGAUGAAUUAGAUGCGGUAUCCAAAGAACAGUUUGACAAAUUAGAGCAGAACAUACAUAAUAAAGAGAAAAGUGAAUGAACAAGUUAAUGCGUAGAUUAAACGAUGGGAUAGUAUUUAUUGUACAUCGUCUGAUGAGAGUCACCUGUUAAUAUGAAAUAAUGUACAUACUCGAAUUCGCUAUAGUUUAAUCAAUAAAAUAUCAGUAAUAUAUCUUGA